ACACAAAAAAGAAUUUAUAAGUGCAAACAUGCCUAGGUAUUUGAUUACAAAGUAUAGGUAUGUUAUAUUUAUGCUAUACAAAAUACAGUGCUUGGAUUGAUUGAGUUCAUAUCUAAGUAAUGAAAGUAACCAUUCCUGCAACAGGAAAAAAUCAACCAAAGUUUCAAAAUAUUUCCUUAUAAGCGGCUCCGACCUUCAAAAUAUCACGAAGGAGAACUGAUGAGUUGAAACUGUGCAUCAGUGUCAAUAUUUUUUACGCAAUCCCAUUGUUGUUUACGAGUCCUUUUGUUCUCAACCAUGUGUUGAAAUUUUAGACGCUGUUGUACUAACGAGCAAAUGCCUCCAACCAAUGGUGAAUCAACUGCAGCUGCGUUGAUACCUACAUUUAGCUAGCACUAUACAUGCGUAGCAAUUUUUUCUCAUAAAUUAUCUCCGUUAAAUUUCAGUUUUCCCACAUCACUUUCAAGUGUUUUCUCAGCUGUACUUUUUUUAAAACUUUCCCUCGCUACCUUCCCGUUGCCAGGUAGCUUUUCAUUCAAAUACAGUCAGAAUUUGAGUUGUUUUUCAGUACGAUUUUUGUUUUUUAACCUACAUACCUACUUACAUAUAAUAGGUAUUUUGAUCAACUAUUUUCAAUGGUUGUAUUCGUUUGCGGAAGGGUUCGAAAGUUAUUCUUUCAUGGAAUUUUUGUUGUUCUUUUGAUCGAAUUUGUAUUGGGACGUGAAAGUUGUGGGGGACCAGCUGCUGAUAUUUUCUCCACCAAUGGCUCAAAAUGUGAUAAAGACGACAACGGAAGUGAUUCCGAAAAAAUAGAACACACGUUAGUAACCAGCUAUGGAGUUCCUGUAGAUAGUUUGACUGCAUCUUUAACGGUUGGCCCUCAAGGACCUAUGCUACUUCAAGAUUCAAUCUUUAUUGAUACAAUUGCUCAUUUCGAUCGCGAGCGUAUUCCUGAACGAGUUGUACAUGCCAAAGGCGCCGGAGCGUUUGGAUACUUUGAGUGUACUCAUGAUAUCACACAAUACACAAAAGCGACUGUUUUUUCCAAAAUUGGCAAAAAAACCGCCGUUGCAGUUCGAUUUUCCACUGUUGGCGGUGAAAGUGGUUCUGCAGACACAGUUCGAGAUCCACGCGGAUUUGCCAUCAAAUUCUACACAGAUGAUGGGAUAUGGGAUUUGGUAGGAAACAACACACCGAUAUUUUUCAUCAGAGAUCCUAUUCUGUUUCCGAGCUUCGUCCAUACUCAAAAAAGAAACCCAGCAACUCACUUAAAGGACCACAAUAUGUAUUGGGAUUUCAUUAGUUUACGUCCAGAAACAACCCAUCAAGUUAUGAUCUUGUUUUCGGAUCGUGGAAUACCAGAUGGUUACAGACACAUGGACGGUUUUGGAAGUCAUACUUUCAAAAUGGUCAACAAAGAUAACAAACCAUUCUGGUGUAAAUUCCACUUCAAGACUGCUCAAAAAAUAAAAAAUUUACCCGUAGAUAAGGCUGCUGAAUUAGCAUCUUCGGAUCCCGAUUACAGCAUUCGAGAUUUAUACAACGCUAUCGAUAAAGGAGAUUAUCCUAAAUGGACUAUGUACAUUCAAAUUAUGACGAUGGAGCAAGCUAAAACAUACAAAUAUAAUCCUUUUGAUGUGACCAAGGUAUGGCUGCAUGAAGAUUUUCCUUUAAUUGAAGUUGGACAAUUGGUGUUGAACAAAAACCCAACCAAUUAUUUUGCUGACGUCGAACAGUUGGCAUUUGCUCCUAAUCAUAUGAUCCCUGGUAUUGAAUCUAGUCCUGAUAAAAUGCUACAAGGUCGUAUAUUCGCUUACGCAGAUACCCAACGUCAUAGAUUGGGACCUAAUCACUUGCAGUUACCAGUCAAUUGCCCUUUUAGAGUUAAUAUCACAAAUUAUCAAAGAGACGGUGCCCAAACUUAUUAUAAUCAACAAAGUGCACCUAAUUAUUACCCUAAUAGCUUCGGAGGACCACAGCCGAAUCGAAAUGCCAACAUUUUACCAUUUCCAGUUAGAGGAAUCGUUGACCGGUACGAGACUGCUGACGAAAAUAACUUCGAACAACCUCGACUGUUUUGGAAAAACGUGCUCAGUGUUGACGAACGUGAGAGAUUGGUGCAGAAUAUCGUUGAUCAUUUAAAAGAAGCUGAUGAUUUUAUUCAAGAAAGAGCAGUAACGAAUUUCUCCAUGGUUGAUGAUGAAUUCGGUAGCAAGUUGAGGGAAGGUUUGCAGAAAGUAAAACAGAGCCAAAAUCAAAUGAAUUCGGUGUACAAUGAAAACAUGAACAUGGGUUCGAUAACAAUGACAUCGCAAACGAAUCUGUGAUGUUUCUUACUUUGAUGAUGAAAUUUCUUCGUUUUUCAACCAAUAAAGUGCCAGUCUAGAUGAUGAUUCCA